AUGCAAGGAGUGGCAAUGCAGAGAUGGGUCCAGGAUAACUUGCUGAAGAAGGAGUCCUGGUACAAGCAAAACAAGAGUUUCAACCUCUUCAUGAACCGCUACUCUUAUGCCACCGACCAUGCCAUUGCAAUGCACAACGAUUCAUCGCAAUAUUAUUCGGAGAUUGAUCCGAUCACAUCGCUUUCAAUGGUCCUGGGAUCAUUUCUUUUGAUCCAAGCGAAGCAGGCUCGCAAACGAGGCACAAAACCCAGGUGGUGUUUGGUUGUUUACCAGCCGCCUGGCUCCAUGCUGAUCAUGGCUGGGAAGUUUCAAUCGCAGUUCGAGCGUGCAGUGCCUGCUUGGUUGGACAUGAAGGAGUUGGCCCAUGCGGACAAUGGUGCUGACUUUCAAUUGACCCGAGGUGGGCAACAUGAGCGUCUCAGACUCCUGUUUGUUGGGCAGGCGCAACAAAAGAUGAAGGCUGAAAUUGAGAGACUGGCGACUUUCGAUUUGUCCGAGACUUACAGGUGGAAUGUGACGGUGAGGCAAGCAAGAUAUAAGGGCAUUGAGGAGCAGGUCGCAGGUUUGCUUCAAAUUGAUGCUUCUCUCAAGGACAUGGUUGAGAACCACAAAAUGUCUUCUCAGCAGAGUUUAAGCGUGCAGCGGAAGAUCGUGAUGAAGUUGCGCAAGUUGAGGAGACAGGCUGUGCUUUUGGAGUUGCUUUGGUUGUGGACAGAGGGACAUAGUUUUGUCGCUGCGAUCGACCAAGUAGCUAUCGAAGUUCCAGCCAAAGAUCCAAAGCAUCUCACAGUGGUUCAGAUGUCUUUUCGUGUGUUCAAGGAACUCCUGGAGGAGCGGCCCAUUGAUGAAGAGUGUCUCCAACAACAUGGUCUCGUGUGCUUGGACUUUUCUGCUCUGUGUGAACAAGUUUUGGUGCAAAGCGUGAAAGAGAAAACAUGGGAUUGGAAAUCUAUCCAGGGAAAAUAUUGCAUCGAGUCAUUCACAGCCUAUGUGUUUGAUCAUUCUGCACCGUCGGAUAGCAUCAGUGUCAGGACCAAACUGACUUUUCUGCACCUUGCUUUGGGUGCUGUGGUCCGGAAGGCUGAGAACCAACGGGCAGAAGUGUCCAUGACAAGUGCUAUGCGGUUGGAGAAGUGGUUUGGUCUUUAUUUGGAGCAGAUCUGGUGUCAUGAAAGCUCCCAACAGGCUGCGUCACCAGACUGUCGGUUGAUUUUGUGGAUGAUACCUCUGCAAAAGAGACUCGAAUACCUCGACUCUAAAAGAGCGAAAACAACAUGA